AGGUAUUCAAAAGAUUAAAAGCUAGUAAUCCUGAAUCUAUUAAGAAGGUGGUACCAAUGAUUGGUGACGUAACUUUGCCAAACUUGGGACUGAACCAAAAAGAUGAGGAGACUUUGGUUGGUAAGGUUUCAGUAGUAUACCACGCUGCUGCUACCAUAAAGUUCAACGAACCGCUGCAAGUGGCUAUGAACAUCAACUUCGAAGGCACGCAGAAGAUUCUCGAAUUGAGCAAGCGUAUGAAAAACAUUGAGGCAUUCAUCUACAUAUCAACAGCGUUCACUAACACCUCACGGAGGGUACUGUUGGAGACGGUAUAUCCACCUCCAGCUAAAGUGGAUGAUGUGUACAAGUUCAUUGAAGAAUAUGGCCAUGACGCACAGGAGACGAAGAAGUUUUUGAAUGAACAGCCAUCAACUUAUACAUUUACGAAGUCGUUGUCAGAAGCUUACGUGGCCAAGAACCAUGGUGAUGUGCCCACCGUCAUCAUCAGGCCUUCUGUUGUGUCAUCAGCAAAAGACGAGCCUCUAAAAGGUUGGUUAGACAACUGGUACGGUGGUACAGCCUUAGUACAAAACGCUGGCCGAGGUUGGAAUCGGUUCGCGCUUGGCAACAAUGAUGCACCGCUUGACUUGAUCCCGGUAGACUAUGUGUCUAACAUGAGUGUUAUUGCUGCUGCUAAAGCUAAAAAGUCUAGUGACGUACAAGUUUACAACUGCACCUCAAGCGCUGAAAAUCCUAUCAUAUGGAGUGAUGUCCACAAGUAUUUCAAUAGAGAAAUGGUUGCUCUUGGUAAAAAUGAAAUUCCGUGCCCACAUGUGAUUUAUUUAAAAUCAAAACUACUCAUGAAUAUAGGCACCUUUGUCUUUCAAACGACUCCUGCGCAAAUCGCUGACUUCUGGCUGAAAAUUACCGGUCGGGAGCCUAAAUACACAGAAACUCUAUCAAAGGUCCUCAAAGUAAGAGACGGUUACGAGUUCUUCACCGCCAACUCCUGGGUGAUGAAGGCGGAACGAGCGAGGGAACUGUACUCCUCACUGUCCCCCGAGGAUAAGGAGGAAUUUCCCUGUGACGUCACACAGAUUGUGUGGUCGGAGUUUAUGAGGGACUACUGUAGGGGAAUCUUGAAGUAUAUUAGUCCAAAGACAAAUGGUAAAUAAGUCUGAUAAAUAAUAUGAAAGUUAUAGUAGAUUGCAUUAAAAUAAAGUUUUUUUUUUUUUGUUUUUGUUUUUUUAGUUAUACAGUAAUUAUAGACAGAAUGUCAGUAAAAUAAGAAACUGUUCAGAUGCUGUAAAUUUUUAACAAGAAUAAUUAAACCCUUUUCCAAAAACACAUAAAAGCGAAAAAUAAAACGUUCACUUAAGCCGA